AUGGCUAUCCCAGUUCAUGAAAUUCAUAUCGUACACCCAGGUCAAUUCGAUGACGCAGAAGAGGAUGUUACUCAACCAAAUAUGUCGACCAGACGUGAAGCUCGUGAAGCUCUCCAAUCUGAACUCGAUGUACUGGAUCGUGCUCCAGAUUUUGAUCCUAGGGACGGCCAAACAUUUAUUGACGACGAUCCUACUGGAGGUACACUGGAAUGGUCAGAGGGCGAGGACAAAGACGAGGAGGACCUGUCGGAUGAUGGGCUUGAAUAUGAUGAAGUCAACCAAGCGGACUGGGAAGUCGCCGAUGGGGAUUUUACCAAACAAUAUAACCGUCUAAGGCAACAUAUUCAAGUCCGUUCUGGUACGGCACCCGGCUCACGCUCUGCCCUGGGACAAAACACCUCUGUGGCUCCACUCCCAGCUGUGAAUAGGUCUGUGCCAAAAAGGACAGCAGCCAACAUACCCACCAACGACAAGCGUCUAGCAGACCAGGCAGUAUUGUUUGCCAAAUUCAACUCUAGGAUCGCCAACAUCUCCCGGCCAUAUGAGGAUAUGAAACCAGGUAUCAGCGUCAACCGUAAAGCUGCAAGUGAACGAGCAAACGUCAAAGACAAAUCAGACCGCGCGACCAAUGAACAAGUGUUAGAUCCUCGAACACGCAUUAUACUAUUCAAGAUGAUUGGCAGGGGCUUGGUGUGGGAGGUCAAUGGAUGUGUGAGCACUGGGAAGGAGGCCAAUGUUUACCAUGCUCUUACCCCUUCCCAGCCACCGGGCCACCUUGCGCUGAAGAUCUAUAAAACGUCUAUCUUGGUGUUCAAAGACCGUGAUCGCUAUGUCACUGGUGAACAUCGUUUCCGCCAUGGAUAUUCGAAACGAAAUCCGCGUAAAAUGGUACGCCUAUGGGCAGAAAAAGAAAUGCGAAAUCUCAAGCGGCUGAUGGCGGCUGGGAUUCGCUGUCCGGAGCCCAUCGAAGUUCGGGAAAACGUUCUAGUCAUGGGAUUCUUAGGCAACAAGGACGGAUGGGCUUCGCCACGGCUCAAAGACGCGCAAAUACCUUCUUCAGACCUUCCGUCACUAUAUGCCGAGCUCGUGGCCGUCAUGCGCCUCCUUUACCACGUCUGCAAACUCGUACAUGCCGAUUUGUCGGAGUAUAACAUACUUUAUCACAAUUUCCACCUAUACAUCAUCGAUGUCUCUCAAUCUGUCGAGCACGAUCACCCUUCCGCGUUUGAUUUUCUACGUAGUGACAUCCGCAACGUCGAGGCAUUUUUCACACGAGAUGGUGUGCGCACUCUUGGAUCCCGACGGCUGUUCGAGUUUGUAACCCACGAGAAUUUGACGAAUGGAGGGCCUGAAGACUUCUCGACUCUGGAAGCUAUCUUACAAGAGUGGUUAACUAGACCAGAACCUCAAGGAUUAGCCGACGCAGAAGGCGGCGAUACUCGUGCUCCCCUGGAAGGGUCCAACAAACAGGAAGAUGCCGUGUUCCUACAAUCGUAUAUCCCACGAACGCUAAACGACGUUUAUGAUCCGGAGAGGGACAUAGAGCGCUUGCACCGUGGUGAGGGGAAGGACCUGAUUUACGGAGAUUUAACGGGGGUCGUCCGAAUCAAUGAGGCAGCGGAGGGCCUGGUUGUGACGGACACAAACAGGGAUAAGGAUGGUGAUCUAGAGGAUAGUGAAGAAGAAGUCGACAGCAGUGAAGAGGAUGGUGCAGGUGAAGAAAAUGGGUUCGUGGAAAGGAAGCCUCGGGGAAAGAGGCAUGAGGAUAAAGAUGCCAAAAAGGAGAGGAAAAAGGCGGCCAAGGAGGAGGCGCGCGAGAAGCGUAAACAGAAAAUGCCCAAGGCUGAGAAGAAACGAAGGAUAAAGGCGACCAAGGCAUAG